AUGGCUGGUCCACAUGAUGAGGCCCAGGCAGCCUCAAACAAACGCCCCCAUUCUGCCGUUGACGACUCUGAAGCUUCACCGGAGAAUGGUGCUGAGGACUCAUCUGAUGAUGACUUUGGUCCUGCCCUUCCCUCUGCAGCUGCUCCCAAGAGGAAGCGACGAAAGCUCCCCUUCGAGAAAGUCUACGUGAAUGCGCUACCGGCAUCCCCGCGGUAUUCGAAGUCGCUUAUGCACAAGGACCAAUUAUCCUUCGUAACUGUGUCGCCACAUACAGACUUUUUGAUUACAAGCUCGAUUGAUGGAUUUGUUAAGUUCUGGAAGAAGAUGGCUGUUGGGGUCGAGUUUGUUAAGGAAUUUCGAGCACACACCGGUGAGGUCAGAAGUACCAGUGUGAGCGCGGACGGGAGGAGUUUCGCGACUGCAGGGACAGACAAGACAGUGAAGAUUUUCGACGUGAUUACAUUUGAUUUGCUAGCCAUGUACACUCUGCAGUUCAACCCUCGCUGCGUCUGCUGGGUCCAUCGACGAGGUGCAUCUUUGCCAUUGCUCGCUGUGACGGACGAAUCGAGCAGCACAAUCCAAGUUUUUGAUGGCAGGGGCGAAAACCCACAACCGCUGUACACGCUGAACUCCAUACACCGAGCGCCAGUGAUUGCCCUCGCUUUUAACAAUGCCUAUGACUGCGUAGUAUCUGCAGAUGAAUCAGGCAUGGUCGAGUACUGGCGGGCGGGCGACGGCUCUUUUGAGAAGCCGGACAACGUAUUCGAGUUGAAAUCAUCGACAAAUCUUUUCGAAUUCAAAAAGUCAAAGUCGACGCCGGCGUCCAUCACGAUAUCUCCAUCCGGUAACCUAUUCGCUGUAUUCUCCUUCCCAGACCGUCAGGUUCGGGUGUUUGACUUUCCAACUGGGAAGUUAUACCGGAAAUACGAUGAAUCUCUAGCCACCUUGUCGGACAUGCAACAAGCCGGCACGGCACCUUACCAGCUUGAAGAGGUUGAAUUUGGUCGGCGUCUGGCUGUGGAGCGUGAGCUUGAGAAUCCGGUAACCCGGCCCAAAGUCAAUGUCAUCUUCGACGAGUCCGGUCACUUCAUCUUGUACGGCUCACUGUACGGCAUCAAAUGCAUCAACACAUAUACAAAUCGCGUAAUCCGUGUCUACGGCAAGGAUGAGCCUUUUCGAGCUCUUAAUCUUGCCAUGUACCAAGGGCAACCGCAAAAGAAGGGCGUCGUAACAGUCUCCAUGGCAGCCAGCUCGAACCCACUUCUCCAGGAAGCUGAGGAACGCGACCCCAUGCUUGUCAGCACUGGAUUUGCCAAAGUCCGGUUCUACCUUUUCACUAAUGAAACAGAAAUUUCAAAAUCAACACGAGAUGUCCAGAAUGAGAAACCCACCCAAACAGCAACGGGGAAAGAAUCCGGCGCCAAGAAGCAGACGGAGGUAGGGACCUCCGCCAUUCUCCAUACUACUCUGGGUGACAUCCACCUCCGACUAUUCCCAUCCGCGGCACCCAAGGCCGUCGAGAACUUCGUCACCCAUGCUCGAAACGGGUACUACAACAACACUAUAUUUCACCGUGUGAUCCGCAAGUUCAUGAUCCAGGGUGGUGACCCCCAAGGUGACGGCACAGGCGGAGAAUCCAUCUGGGGUGGCGAGUUCGAGGACGAAUUCUCAACUCUGAAACACGACAAGCCGUAUACUUUAUCCAUGGCGAACGCAGGACCGAACACGAACGGAAGCCAGUUCUUCAUCACCACCGAAAAGACACCGUGGUUGGACGGGAAGCACACUAUUUUCGGCAGGGCUGUGCAGGGGUUAGACGUUGUACACAAGAUCGAGAAUGUGAAAACGUACAAGGAGAAGCCUGAGGUGGAUGUCAAGAUUGUUAGUAUUACCGUGUCUUAG